CUGCUCAGCUCAGCUUGGAAAGCAAGCGGUCACAUUCUGCCCACCCGUCCGAAUCCCCACCCAGCCAUCCAACCAACCACCACCUCCAUCCCAUCUUCACCGCCUUAAUCCAUUUCAUCACGCUGCGUCAGCUCCAGCCUGUUGUUCCCUCAGCUUCCACUCCAAUUCUAUCUUCACCACCCACCACCAACCACCUACCCCCAACCCCCAACCACCAAACCACCAAACCACACCACCAAGUCCAUCCUCAUCUGAUCUCCACAUCUCAUUCAAAAACAAGAGCGCAGACUGGACCAAGUCCACGUCGGUGCCCGCACCGCACCGCACCGCACCACACAUCCAACACAACACACACACACUCUCCUCCCAGCAAAGACAACCACACAAAAUGCCCGACUCCCCACCACCACAACGACGACGCUCCCGCUCCCGCUCCCGCUCCCCACCCCGCCAGCCCAAGAAAUCCUCCACCGGCGGCUUCCGAUGGAAGGAGAAGCGUCGUCCGGAGCGCGGGGAGGACGACGACGCCGCCGCCCGAAGGUUAGAUCGGGGGGAUGACCGGUACCGCGACCGUCACCGCGACAGCUACCAACCCCGAGAUCGAGACGACCGCGACCGCGACCGCGACCGACCGGCCGAAAAGCCCAUCUCGACCUCCACCGACGACCCCGCCAGGAAAGAGAAGAAGGAGAAAAAGAAGAAACGGCCGGCGAUCCCCUCCGAGCCCAUGAUCCUGGUGCAUGUCAACGACCGGCUGGGCACGAAGGCCACGGUGCCCUGUCUGCCGUCGGAUACGGUGGGGGAUCUGAAGACGCUGGUGGCGGCGCAGAUCGGGCGGGCGCCGCGCGAGAUCCUGCUGAAGAGGCAGGGGGAGCGGCCGUUCAAGGAUUUUAUCAGUCUGGGGGACUAUGGGAUUACGAAUGGGGUGCAGUUGGAUUUGGAGAUCGGGACGGGGGAUUAG